UACCAGUUCCAUUACUUGUAAUGCCCCGAAACCCACUCUGCUGUUCAUUGUUUGCCGCUGGGAAGUUGCCGCCUCAGAACCGAGAGCUCAUUCGAAUUCUUGAGUGGAUAUUUCCCAAAGUAUUAAUUUAAACCCGACAUCUGUGUGAAAAAUCAUCAGCAAAAUGUGCAAGUGCCUAGCCGGAAACAUAGCCUGCUGUUGCUGCAGCUGCGCCAUUAGUAUGCUCGUUUCAAUCAUCAGUACUUUCCUGGUGGUCAUCAUUGUAGUGGGCUUGGCGGUCUACUUCAUCUACUACUACGAGCAGGAGGACGAAGUUACAAAACUUACCAACAAAGUUACCGAUAGCGUCCAAUCAAGCUUUGACAAAAUAAAAGAUGCUCUCAGCAGAUAAGCUGAACAUCAAUAAUUCACAUCUUUAAAUGUUCCAAGCUAUACAAUUCCAUUGAUCCAGAUAAGCCACCAAUCUUUAACGAGAACAAACUUAAAUACCGCCGAAGCCUUGAAGUCGAGGAUGAUUGUUAAACUUUUUUAAUGCCAGUACAAACAAAAUGUUUAAAAAUCCCAUACUAUUGUGAAUCUCCGACUAACAGAAUGUUCCAACGCUUAAAAAUUGUAAAAUUAAAUUAUUUAAAUAUUUUAAAACAGAACUAAAAACUUUUUAAGACAGAAUUGAUUGAUGUAAAAUGUGGCGGAGCCUUUUUAAUAAAUAGUUUUCAUAUACAGCUUAAAA